AUGAGCUUGGCCACCCUUCUCCUUGUGACAUGCUUGGCUCUGGCGGCCACCAGCGUCACUGCCCAGCAAACCAUCCAUGUCCAGCUCAUCCUGCCACAGGACGCCCCACCAGACUUCAAGAUCACAUACACGUCCGUAUUUUCCACGGCUUUGGACUACGUCAACAACUGGCGCUGCCCUUUUCAGAAUGGCUGUCCUUUUCUCCGGCUGGACAGCUCUGGCGUGGGCGACGUCGACAUAUCUGUUCGUUUGUGCAACCCGCUACUCACCACAUGUGAGCUGGAUCCUGGGCCAGCCGAAGUCUUCAUCGACCCUGCAGCCACGGCACCGGUGCCAAACAGCGGCUCCACUGCGCUUGUACCGCCGCUGGAUCGCGUGCUGAACACGACCAUGAUGUUCCUGACAGAGCUCGGGUACUCCCACGUGGCCCUCAUCACAGCACCAUCAUGCUCGCCUGCCUCCACGCCCCUUCUCAGCGCCGUCGUGGCAUCUGCUGCACACUACAACGUGGAAGUGUUACCCCCACCCGGAUUUCACUGCUCAGACUUCAAGGACGAGGAUGUACACGUGUUCCUGUUCCUUCCCGUCACCUUGGAUGAGGCUGCAGCAGUGCUGGAGCAGCUGUACCAAGCAGGAAUGCUCGAGCCAGGGUACCUGUACAUCUCAUCGCCACUGCUCAGCGAUUUUGACUUGACUGAGCUCUCGUACUACCUGAAGGACCAGGACAAACCUGCAGUUGCGUUGGCGUUCUUCAGCGUGGCGGUGACAUUGGAUUUGACCAACGGCGAACAAGAUGUCAUCGAUCGCGUCACAGGCAUCCGCGCAGCAGCAACGCGCCUGCCCCGCAUCAUCCCUCGGUUCCUGACACCAGAGUACACCCCGCGCACAGCGCUGUUGUGGGACGCCGCAGUCUUCCUCACGGCGCUAUUUCGCUUCCCCAACAGCACCAGCAACACCGCGUGCGCGUUUGCAUGUGCCGACCCACCCUGCAUCACACCAUGCAUGGAGCACCUCCCCAACAAGGUCAUAGCAGGCGCUGCGUCGCAACCACUCGUCAUGGUAGCAACAGGAACGCAUCCACUCUCUGAGCUGCGGUUUCGCCGAUCAAGCCUUCCAUCCACGGCACAGGUCGUGGCCAGGGCGCCAGUGCCACCAUUUCAGGGCGACGAGCCCUUGUCAGUGACCUUCUACGAUGCAUUCACCGGGGAGCAAGUCAACACACCACGCCUCUACAUUCUUCCAGAUGCGCCUGCCCUGCUUCCUGCGGACGCGGGCCCAAUCACCGUCCAUAUAGCCGUCAUCUAUGGAAGGUCUGCGGUGAAUGAGGGCGUGGUUGCCAUGAUCGGGGGUAUCACCUCCACGUGUGCCGUGGCGGUGGCGGAGGUUGCUGCGACCCGCGGUGUUCUCCACUUCACCGUCUCCUCAUCCACAGACCUUGAGCAGCCAGCGUCAUUUGUGAACACGUUUCGGCUCGGCGCACAGACUGACGAUUACGCGGACGCGCUUGCACAGUUCCUGCACGCUGCAAACAUCACCUGCGUCAGCAUCUUGAACGAGGUGAAUGCGUUUCUGGCGCGGCUUGAAGAGUUUGGUAUCCGCAUGUUGACGCUGACAGACAUUGCCACGACGGCGAGCCGCAAUAGUUCAUAUUGGGCAGAAACCCUCUCGUACAUCCGCACGCACGGCGCAAACACAAUUGCACUCUUCUUGUUCCCGCUGGAUGCGCACACGGCGCUGUUUGAGGCAUCCAAGCACGAGAUGGGCGGUGAAGACACGCUGUGGGUCGCGAGCAACAUCGCCACCGCCACCGACGUGUUCUCCGAUGACGUGAAGCGGCAGUUCAACGGGCGAUUUGUGGGGGUUCGCGCAGGCCUGCAGCCCAACUUCACAGACCACCCGUUCUUCUCCUUUCCCUCAGCGAGCGGCCACCAAACGUUUUCGGACGUCCUCCCCACCCGUCUUCCCGUCACCCUCGCCGUUGAUGCCGUGCACAUCAUCUACUGGACCGCAUACCACGGCAGAUCCAUGCACAAGUUCAGCUCUGGUCCUAAAGUGCAGCGCCGUGUGAUGAUUGACUUGGCGCGCUCGCUGACGGAAGACAACAGCAUCCCUGGCUUUGCCGUGGAGAAGCUGUGGUUUGACCACGACUUAGAGAUGUCCAUUGGUGUUGAUGUGGUGGUGCUCAUCAACAAAAUGCUGCAGCCACUUUUCUAUUUCAAGGAGCACGUGCUCACGGUUGCGAACACAGCGCUCGGUGCUGACGUCGCGAGUGCCAUGCACGUCCUGCCGUCACCGUCAUGCAUGGUCCGCACAACAACACGUGUGCCCUUGGACUCUGCCAGCCCGUCCAACUCUGCCUCCAGCGCCGUUGUCGCCUCCAUUACACUCAGCAUCCUGCUCGCCAUGGGCAUUGUUGGCAUUUUCAUCUACAACCGCCGAAAGCCGUCGUCUAGGAUUGAACCGUUUGACUUUGCUCCGCUCCUCGCCGCCUGGCCGCAGCACCACGACAAGCCAACCGAGAUCCCGAGGAAACUCGUGGAGAGCCAGGAGUGCUUGAGCCAGGGCGCGUUUGGUGUUGUCUAUCGUGGCCGCCUUGUUGACGCCCCAACUGGCUUCUUGCGGCACAUUGGACUGUCGCGCUCACACCUUGGGCCCUUUGCCAAGAGCAGCACCAGGCACCGCAGCCACCGCAGCAGUAGGAGAAGUCACGGCAGCAAGAGGGCGAGUCGAGGUGGCAGCAGGCGUUCAACGCAACAGCAAGCUGCUCGCAGUACGGACCAGGGCAGAAGCAACGCCAACGCCAACGCCAACGAAAACGCAACAGCAGUCCGCAGCACGCACAUCAGCACGCCCAUCACCGCGGCCGCCACCAGCCACGGUCAUGAGGACAACAACGACAGCAACAGCCUGUUUGGAAGGAGCGUGCAUAAUCCGCGCCACAGCAGUCACCCCUCCACCAGUAAUGCAACUGACAGCGGUAACGUGUCGGCAGGUCAAAGCUGCAGUCGGAAGCAGCGAGGCUUUCGACGCGAGAUCCCCAUUGCUAUCAAGCAGUGCAAGUUCAUUCUCAACGCCAAAGACACGUCACUGCUCAUGGCGGAGGCAUUGCAUCUUCAGGCGCUGUCAGACUCUCCAUAUGUUGUGCAGCUGAUUGGGGUCCUCACCACGACGGAGCAGCCGGCACUUGUGCUUGAGUACUGCGAGCAUGGCAGCUUGGACGCCUUUCUCCGUUCGCGUUGCCUGCGCGGCGCUUCUGUGUCGUGGCGAAUCAAGGCGCGCAUGCUCUCGCACGUUGCACGUGGCCUCCAUGCCGUCCACGAGCGAAACAUCAUCCACGGCGACAUUGCAUGUCGCAACGUUCUCAUCAACUCAAACUUCGUCUGCAAGAUCUGCGACUUUGGAUGUGCGCUUGCUGGUCCCAUUCACCACAUUGGCCCACACUCUGUUCCCAACGUUCCAUUGCGGUGGACAGCGCCUGAAGUCGUGCGGGAUUCCGUGUACUCUUUUCUCAGCGACGUGUGGUCGUUUGGCAUUCUCGCAUGGGAGAUGGCGUCUAACGUGAUGGUGUUUCCAUACCACAACCUCAGCACCAACCGCGAAGUCAUUCGAGCCAUUUUCCACGGCCGCACACUCAAGAUCAACAACUCUUGGCCGGAAGCGCUGCAGCACAUUCUCCGCCAGUGCUGGCUGCCCGUAGCAGAGCGACCAACCAUGACGACGCUCGUUACAGAUGCGUAUGCAUUUCGCCAGUGGACGCGCUCGUCCGAGCUUGAGAUUCGCGGCCUUGCUGCCGACGUAUCGGUGAGUCUGCGCAACAGCCCGUCGUCAUCGCACACGGCUACCGGUGGGCGUGUGUCUGCCACCAGCUGCGUCUGCCCGCCAGACACGCGCGCAGAGCUCCGGGGUGACUGCGACUAUGAAUCGAGCGACGACGAGGUGGAGUGCAUCUGGCAGCAGCAUGCGGCACGGCACACCAUCACUGUGGAUGUGUCUCAGAUCCUGGAGCGGGAGCCGUCGGGGUCACACCGCUCCAACAUCAACCAAAUUGUGUCCAAGCACGAGUCUGCCUCGACAAUACGGCGGGGACGCACGGCAGCACCCGACAUUGAUGUGGAGCAAGGGCGCUUUGCCCGUGACGCGUACACACGCCUGGAUGUGAGCCACGCAAACCAGCUUGAGAAUCUUGUGCAAGGAUUUGGCACAAGAGGACAGGACCUGUCUCAGCCGGAGUACUGUGGACUGCUGUCACGCUCUCAUCCACCAUGUCGCAGCAGCAGCGGCGGCGGCGGCGGUGGUGGUGGUGUUAACAGGAACAGUAUUGCUGUUGAACGCACCCUCCCCUUCUUCAGCGACAGCUACAAUGACGAGGACGAUGACGACGACGUUGAUCGCGACACUGCCCGAGGUCAGUACUUCCGACACCACAAGUCUCGCGCCAACGGUGGCGAGACGCUUCGUGUUGGUGGCGCGGAUGGGAACCAUGUCAUUGACGAUGACGAUGAGCGGAAACGUCUUCGCGGUGGCGGCCAUCGUGGUCGUGUUGUGCGGCCCCACUUUGAUGGUGGUUAUGACGCCAGCCAGGCUCGUCUCGCCCACACGCUCCGUCGGCCUUCAAGCAGCAACGUGCACUUGGUGCACACGACGCGUGCGCGCAUGACUGCGUCUGACGCCGUUGAUGCCGACCACACCCAUCCACGCAGGGCGUCAACCCCACGAAACAGCGACACGGACAGCAACACGAGCAGUGCGCGCGCUUCCUUGCGGCGGCACUUGAGGCGAACGGCGAGCGACACGCUGGUGGCGGGCGCAUUUGCACACCCGCAAUCCACAGCAGCUGCACCAAGCACACACACCGCGGCAACAGCAAGCAUUGUUGGCAGAGCUGCAGCACCCACCACCACAGUAUCACAAGCGAGUGCACCGCCCACGACCGCCACAGCGGCGGAGGUGGCAGCGGCAAGAACGGCGACGGACGGAAAUGUGCGACAGAGGAGACGACGCAAGCGGCGCGCGCUCGGUUCGACUGGCGGGCGCAUGCGUGGUGGUAGCAGCGAAGGUGAUGAAGGUGGUGGUGGUGGAGGUGGAGGAGGUGGUGGUGGAGGUGGAGGAGGUGGAGGUGGUGGUGGAAGUAGGCAUCGUCCAUUUGAAGACCAUCAACAUCGAUCGAGCAACACGAUAAAUGAUGAUGACGACGACGGCAACGAGGGUGGUGAUGAUGAUGGGAGUGAUCAUCGUCAUGACAGUGAUGCGCGUCAGCGGUGGUUACAGACGUUGAUGCGUCGCGAUGACGUGAUUACAGUUCCUGACGAUGAAGGAGCGAGGACGACGGGCAACUGGUACUUCCUUGAGCACGGCGCGCAUCCAUACGGCUUCCACCAGCACUCGCCUCGCCACAGCCGCGGUGGCAGUGGUGACGACGACGACGACGACGACGACGACAAUGAUGAUGAUGAUAAUGAUGAUGAUGAUGAUGGUGAAGGGUUUGGACUCCGGCGCACUGGCGUUGUGCAUCUGGACACGCAUUCCAUCGCGUCAAGCACAGCCGAGAGCCGGACGUCAGUGGUGUAA